CGCUGGUUCAUCUACUGCGCCUGCGCGUUCUCCUCUUCCGUUUCCGUCCCCCUGCAGUGGACCGCCCACGGUUGCUAAGCAACGGCCCCCGGUCGCGUUGCAUUAGGGUCCCUGAAAGCUUCCGGCGGAAGAAAGAAGCCGCCCGCGUCCGGGAUGACAGACCGGUCGCCGACAGUCCUCAGUUGGAGGGAGGAAGCUCGUACAGAUAAAGACUGACAGUGAGGGAUUAAUUGGAUUAUUUCAAGAUGAGCUUUCUGUUGCCCAAGCUGACUAGCAAAAAAGAAGUGGACCAAGCGAUAAAGAGCACUGCAGAGAAGGUGUUGGUUCUCAGGUUUGGGAGAGACGAGGAUCCUGUCUGCCUGCAACUAGAUGAUAUUCUUUCUAAGACCUCUUCUGACUUGAGUAAAAUGGCUGCUAUAUACCUGGUGGAUGUGGACCAAACUCCCGUUUACACACACUAUUUUGACAUCAGUUAUAUUCCAUCUACUGUGUUUUUCUUCAAUGGGCAGCAUAUGAAAGUGGAUUAUGGGUCUCCAGAUCACACUAAAUUUGUGGGAAGUUUCAAAACCAAACAAGACUUCAUAGAUUUGAUUGAAGUAAUUUAUCGAGGAGCAAUGAGGGGAAAACUUAUUGUCCAAAGUCCAAUUGAUCCCAAGAAUAUUCCCAAAUAUGACCUUCUCUAUCAAGACAUUUAGCACAUUAACUACAGUCAAAGCUGGAGAGAAAGGCCAUCUCGAACCGGUACCCGAAGGCAGCUGUGCCGUUUUCUGGAGUCCUUUGGAAAGGUGCUCAGCGUCCCAGCGGAGAGAGGUUGGACUUGUAUGAGCAAUACUGGCCGGAGUGGAAGACCCCGCGGGGACUGUGACAACCUGGGAAGCUUAAGUGUUUAUUCCUCUCAGACCUCAGAGCAGUCAACUGUGAUCCAUUUCCUUUGCAUGAUUUGUUUGACUUUUCUUUAUACUGUGCUUUUCUUUAUCUCUUAACAUAAUACAGAAUUUUCCUAAA